UCUGCCUGGAAGGAUGGCUUUCCACAGAGCCCUGCUGAGCUGCUGAGCCGGGCGGGCAGAGGGGCACCGUGGUUGGACCUUCUCCCCUACGGGUGCUUCUGGUUCAGCCUUAACAUGGGCACAGGGGCCUCCAUUUCCAUCUGUCAGUCACUGUCUUCUGUAGAAGUUAAGCACAGUGGAAAUAAAGUUGGACCAGAACCUCAAAGAAUCUUUGGUUCUCCCCUUGAUGCAGCCACCCAAGAUGCAACACACUGUUCUGUUCCUUUAGUUGUCCAACACACAGUGGAAUACUUAGAAGAGUUUGGGUUAAAUCACAAAGGCCUCUUUCGGAUCAGCGGAUCAGCAGCCAAAAUCAGGGCGCUUAGAUUAAAGUAUGAUCGAGGAGAAGAAGUUGACCUUGUCAAGGAAGGAGAUGUUGACUCUGUUGCCAGCCUCCUUAAACUAUUCCUGAAUCAGCUUCCAACUGCUGUUUUCCCGGAAGAGCUGUGCACUGAUGCUUGGGCCACUUUUGAAGAGAAUAGAAACUGCACCACAGAGCAAACAAGAUGUCUAAAAAGGCUAUUAAGUAGCUUGCCGGAAGCACACAGUCGUCUGGUUUGUUUCCUUAUUAGAUUUCUCGUCAAGGUGGGUGCAAACAGUGAUGUGAAUCAGAUGACACUGGAGAACCUGGCCAUUGUUUUUGGCCCCACGUUAUUCCGAAUCCCUUGCAGCCCUUCGGCAUGUGAAAAGCAAACCCUUUGCAAUGCCAUGCUUCUGCAUGUUCUUCAGCACUAUGAGGACCUCUUUCUGGAUAGCUCCAACCACCACUUCUCCCUAAUGGAAGAGCAGCCCCAGGAUCUCCAUCCUGCCUCGCCACCUCAAGAGCUCACCCAGCAGACCGAGGAAAAUGAACCUCCGCAAAGGAUGCCCAGAACUGCCUGGCAUCUUCCAUCCAUGCGGUGGCAAUGUUGUGUUUUUAAUCUUUCUGUUCAGCACUCCGGGAAAGCAGGAUAGCUGGAACUGAUUUACAGUGCUUUGACCAAGGAUCGUAUUGAGCAUCGAGACACUUGGAGCAGGAGCACAUUUCUACAUUUGUGAGUCUAUAGCACUGCAAGAGAACAGCCAGUCAGCGCUCACACUUCUUGGACAAACACUGGGUUAUGGAGAUUUAUCAGCCAGCCAGGGAUUGCUUGUCAAUCAGUAACUAAUGCCUUGUUCCACCCUUUCAGUUUCAUACCCAAGCAUAUCUCCUUUCCCCUCUUAGGGGGAGAAAACUGGGUCAAUUACUAGCAUUUCUGUCUUUGCCCUGGUGCUCUGUGCCCAUUGCCUUCCAAACCAGCCCCUCCAAUGAUUGAACUAACACCCUUAAAAUGAAAAAGUGACCUGCUUCUGCUACAACAGAAAUGCAGUUGGAAAAGAAAUGUCUUCAUUGCUAAUAGAAUGCCUUUGACACAUGGAUAAUUCAGGAACUAUUGCAACAGUAAGGACCUGGUUACAGUGACAUGCAAUCAGCAGGGAGGUCAUUUCACACUACACUUCAGCUUACACUGCAUCUGCUGGAGCAUUUCAACUGGUUGGCAAUUUAACCUUGAGCAGAUCCAGGAUCUUAGCACCAUAGAAUUGGAAAGAGCUAGUGAGACCAUUAGUUGCCACCUCCAGAAUGACCCUUCCAGAGUCAUUCAGAAGUUUUGAACCACUAAUUCCAAUUUUGCCUAUUUUGAUUAGAAGGCCUCGGACAGGAAUCCUUACUAUGUGGUUUCAUUCCUCCCAUUUUUAUUUAUCCUACAGCUCUUAUUUAAAGUGUUGCCGAAUAGUCUUAGGCUGACCUUUAGACAUCUACCCGCCUUGUUCUUCUCCCAACAUGUAAGACCAAAUCUGGAAUAAAGGAGGAAAGCACUCAGAAUGAACCUUUCCCUGCAAUCUGCCAAGAACAAAGUGAAUCAUUUUAAAGCUGGUCACAGUUUUAUUGGUCAAGUUGAGUAGAUCUUCUAUGAACACCAAACGCAAAUGCUGCUUCUGCAAUACUCUACUCCUCAAGGCUCUUUCUGUUUUUUCCCAGCAUGCAUAGUUCUUCAGAAAAUAUAAGGGGGAUCUACCAAACUGUCCAGCAGAAUGAUGAGCAAAAGGGAAAUUGUCUCAGUCCAACUGCCUGAUCGGCUUUUUAGUUGUGACUGAAGCCCAGUCUUCCUUUCCCUUGAGGUUAAAUCCAUGCCAGUAAAAGUCUGCUUAUUUAACCUAAUCCUUAAAAUCCACAAUAUGUUGCCAAGAGAAAGACUAAACAUUACAA